AUGGCCGUCCUGACCUCGACGUCCCGCCUGCCGAGCCAUGAGCGCAGCUCGUCACGCGCGCUCCGCUGCACGUCACGCAGCAGCACGGAGAGCGCGGAUGCUCUGGUGGCCAAAGAGACGGAGCACAAGGGUCCUCAUGUGGCGGUGGAGCACGCCGAUCUUAGCGGUGAUGUUGUCGGGGCCGAAGACGCGCAUGAAGGAGGGCGGGUACCAAAUCUGGAAGCCGCGCUCCUCCUGCUUCAGGAUAUGAGCGUUCAGCUCUGCGUCCAGCGACACGAUGAGGUCCUCCCCGACUAG